AUGAUUAAUAUAUAUCCGUAUCUGGUAUCAAAAAUUAACUGUAUAUUUUAUGCAUGGAUAAUUUGUAUACAUAUUAAUUGUUUUAUUCGACCAAUUAAUGAGCAACAUUUAUCAGAACAAGAUUAUUCACAAAAUACUAAUCAUGUUGAUGACAGUAAUAAUUUGAUUGGUUGUACAGACUCCGACGGUAUUUGGCAUGGUUUAUUUUCUACAUGGAUGGAAAAUCCAACUUGUUGGUGUACAUGUCAACCAGUAUCUAGAAUGGCUGUUAGUGUAUGCGAUGGUUGUGAUAUAAGUAAAUCAGCAAAUAAUAAUAUAAUUAAUUUAGACGUGAAGCAUCAUCAUAAUAACAGUGAUAAAAAUUUAUUGAAAAAUGAAUCUUUACUUGAAGUGUCUAAUUCAUUUGAUACUUUUAAAACAAAUGGCAAUGAAAUUAAUCAGAAAAGAUCAGUUGAUAAUUAUCAUGAACAUAAAACAUUUGCAAGAAAUUCUAACUCUUGUUAUUAUGCUGUAACUAAUACUUACUAUCAACACAAAGACAUAUGGAUGUCUGCAGAACUGCCAUGUGUAAAAUGUAAAUGUCAGCAUGGAAAUGUCCAUUGUGUUGGUGAACCUCACCAAUGUCCAUCAGUAUGUUUACCAGGUCAAUAUAGUCAACCGGUUGGUCCAUGUUGCCAUACUGUGUGUAAAGGAACAGUAUCAAAAGAUAUUACUUUCGAAUUCGCUAGUUGUUUAAAAACUGGUGAUGAUACAUUGCAUUCACAUGGUGAAAUGAUCACACUCACGGGUAUUUGUGUUGAUCAGAAAUGCCAGUGUGUCAAUGGUCGAUGGAAUUGUUUCGAUUAUUGUACACCAUUAUCAGAAUUAUCUUGUCCUUCAGAUGAAAAAAUAAUAUGGGAUCCUUUUUGCUGUCCUAGAUGUCGAGGUGACCAAACAUGUUCAGUAAUUAUUGAUAUGAAAAAUUGGUUAUCUAAUCCAAAUGAACAGACUAAUAAUGUAAAUACAUUUAAAAAACUCGACUGGAAUUCAACACACUGGUCACAAUCAUCAUUCAAUAAUCAACCAGAACAAUUAUUACUUGAACCAAUUUCAAAUGUCAAUAGCAAUGUGAACAAAGAAAUAAUUACAAUUCAACCUGGACAACAAAUAGUAUUGGAACAAGGACAUUGUUUCUGUUUAAAUGCUAGUAUUUAUUGUCCAAGGCCAGGUCGCCUAAUCUGGCAUGAAGAUGAUUGUUUCUAUAUGGAUGGACAAGAAAUUUCAUAUCACGCAGUUGGAACCAGAUGGAUUCCAGGUGAUGAUCAUUGCACUGAAUGUAUGUGUGAAAUAAAUCGAACAUAUCGUUGUAAACGUCAAUCAUGUCAACAAUUAUUUCUCUGCCCACCUGAACAGAUACCAAUGACAAGUGAGGAUGAAUGCUGCCCUUCAUACUGUGCUCCACCCUCUCAAAAAAAUCAAGAAAAACCAAACAAUUUCAAUCAGGAUAUUCAGUAUAACGAUGAGUUGUAUACUGAUUCCGUGAAAUCCCAAAAUAAAAUGGUCCAGAUAUCAAUGGACGAAACUACCCAACAGAAACCAUCACAAUUGUCAACACGUAACACUGGAUGUUCAUCACUAAUAGACAAUGAAAAUAUCCUACAAUAUCCAGAUGUCUUUCCUUCCGGAUCACGUCUUUUAUUAAUUCGUACAUGUCGUAGUUUACUAUGUAUAUGUGCCAAGGACAAUAGAUGGGUUUGUACAGAUCAUUGUCCACCAUGUGAACAAUCUAUGGAAUCUAUUGAAAAUUUACGACAAAUAUUACUCCCACCAAAAGAUAAGUGUUGUGAACUAUGCAAUGAAAAAACAAAUACCGUGCACAUAACUAGCCCACUAAGUCAGAAUAAAUUGAAAAGUCAAAAAGAAAUUAUGAUUCAAACAAGUAAUCAAACAAAUUUGCAGCAUUUAACUAAUGAACAAACGCAUAAAGAAUAUAUUUCUACAGAAAUAAAACAACUCAAAUUAACAUUGAAAAUGUAUAUUUUAAUAUUUAGCAUAAUAUUGAUAUGUAUGUUUGGAUUACCAAUCUCUAUCUUAAUUGGAUGUUAUUUGAUGAAAAGUCGGUAUUUUUAUCAAAAUCAUCAUCAUCAUCAUCCGCAUCAAAACAAACGCAAAAGUGAUCAUUAUCAGUAUACUACUACUACUGUUGCUACACCGAAAACAACACGAUCAAGAUAUCGGCACUAUUAUCAUCGGUGUUAUUCACGCGUUAAACCGUAUCUGUUAAAAUCACAUGAUUAUAAAAAGGAUCAAUCGGAACUAGAAGCGUCAAUAGAAACGCCUAUCUCAGCGUCCACAACAUCAUCACUGUCAUCAAUGUCACCAUCCUCAUCACCAGUUUUAAUAUUAAGAGAAUCUUACAGAAAAAAUAAUCGACGAAAUUAUAACGCGGCAUCAAUGCCAUCAACAACAAAAAUAACAAAAGUAUCAGAAGACAAGUGUAACCCGAAAUCUAUUCAACAGCAUUAUCGACAUCAUCAGACUAAACAUGUAAACGCCAACAAACAGGAGAAUACGACUGUCAAUAGCGACGAUACAAAAUUAGUUCAACACACAUCGAUAACACCAAAGGUUAAAUUAAACGAACUUGUUAAUUCAGGCGAUUAUUACAACAGUACUGUUAGUCAUAAAAAUCAUGAUAGUAAAAGUCAUAGUCUUAUUAAAAAAUUCAGUGAUUAUAUAUUUCCAACAAUGACUACAACAGCAGCAAAAACUACUAAUUCACCUGUGAUUAUCAGAUUGAAAACAUCGAAUGAGACAAACUAUCCAUUGAAACAACAACAGCCAAAUGUAAACACAUCAUUAUCUAUGAAUGAUGAUAGUGAUAACUAUAACAUUAAUAAUAGUGAAAAUCAUCAAGCAAUUGAAAGUAAACAUGUAAAAGAUGCACUUUUACAACAAUAUGAAGUAAAACCUAUAAAAGCGAGAACAACAUCGGCUUCAGAAGAUAAAACAAACUGUAAAUCAAUAAUGCACCAACAGAGAAGUCCAAAAGAAAUACUAUUAAAAAACUUGAUAUUAUCAACAGAUAUUAAUAAUAAAAAUAAACAUACUACUUAUAACAAUAAUAAUAUUCAUGAUAAUAGUAGUCAAUGUAUAUCACACAUAAAAAGUGAACCAUCUACACCAAAUAUUUUUAUGCAUAAUGUAACAUUUAAUUCGUAUUAUUCUGCUACAUGUUCAUCUCCUUGUUGUUCUCCUAGUCCAAUUAUGGUAAGUAAUCAUAACAGUUCACAAGAUAAAACCACAACAAUAGCUGUAUUAACUAUGAAUAAUCCUAACUAUGAGAAUAGUAAUAAUAAUAAUAAUGAUAAUAAACAAACAAAUUUAAUUGAGCAACAAAAAAAUAAAUUGAACAUAGUAGAGUGUGAUAAAAUAGAAGCAACAAUCGUACAAGAAAACAUGAUAUCAUCACAAGUGGUUGAUAACAAGUUGAAUAAUCCACUAGAAUGCAAUAUAACAAAAGUCAAUCAUGAACAUGAUGACAAUCAUGCAUCGAAAGUGAUUGAAAAAACAAAACAACAGACAGAGAACUUGAAUUAUGAUCAUAAUCAAAUAAUAUGUGAUAAAACGAGUUUAAAUGAAGAAAUAUAUUGUACAGAGAAUAAAAUUGAUAAUAUGAAUAAUGACGAUACUUCAUCGAUACAUUUAUUAACUGAAUCGAAUCAAAACAUGCCAUUAUACACUUACUAUUAUCAACAUUCUGAAAACACAAACACUACUCCCAGAAAACAGAAAAUCUGCUCAGAUAAUAAUAACAAUGAUAAUAGUCGGAGACCAGUUACAUGGCCAACUAUACAGCAUUUCACAUCUGAUCCUAUUCUACACAGAUGAAUAAAUAUACACAUACCUUUAUACAUAAAAUACAAAUUCUAGGCUAUAGUAUACUCAUCACCACAACCAUUCUUUUUUUUAUAUUACACAUUUAUCGUUACUAUUAUGAUUAUCACCAUCAAUAAAUAAUCAAGCAGUUAAAAAAAACCCCAUUCAUUUACAUACAUGUGUACACAUAUAUUACAGCUUUGCUUACACUUUCAUUAAUUUUUCUUUUUGUUUUCAUUCGAUUUUCUCUGUUGUUUAUUUUUACUUUACAUAUACAGAGAGAGAACGAGAGACAAAGAUUGAACUACCUACCUUAAACAUAUAUCUUAAUGAGUAAAAGUGUUAAUUUUACACCAUUAUCACUCUUUUUUACUUUUCUUAGACAAAUGAGAUUUUCAUUGGAUAACUCAUAAAGAGUUCUACUCUGUUAGCACUGUUUCAAACAAACACACUGUUCUAAUAAAUCAUACGUAUCGUGAGAAUAUUU